CAUCCCGCCCGCCGCCGCCGCUCGUCCCCGGCCCGGAACGGCUCCCUCCGCUUCCGCCCGCCCCGUCCCGCCCCGUUGUGCCCGGCCGAAGCCCUGGAGGUGGCGGCGGAGGAAAGGGGGACCGCGAUGGAGACGGAGGAGACGGAGCGGAGGAAGGCGCUGUGCGCCCAGUUCGCCGCCAUCACGGGCUGCAGCGCGGCGGUGGCGUGCGGCGCCCUGGACGGCCACGACUGGCACCUGGAGAGGGCGCUGAACGCCUACUUCGAGCCGCCGAUGGAGGACAAGGACGAGGGAGGCAGGGAGCCGCCGCCACGCAUGGACCCGGGGGGCUGUAUUGACCUCACAACAGAUGCUACCACUAGUAAUGUCAGCGACGCUGGUGCAGACUCAAGGCAACAAGAUGAUGACAGCAGCUUCUCACUGAUAACCUGGAACAUUGAUGGGCUGGACGGCAGAAAUCUACAAGAGCGAGCUAGAGGCGUCUGUUCUUACCUGGCAUUAUACAGUCCAGAUGUCGUGUUUUUACAGGAGGUCAUCUUACCGUAUCUUUGUAUUCUACAGAGUAGAGUAGCCAGUUACACUGUUAUUCCAGGUAAUAUAGAGGGCUAUUUCACUGUCAUUCUGUUGAAGAAAUCAAGAGUGAAAUUACUAAAACAAGAGAUAAUACGUUUUCCAACAACGUCCAUGAUGAGGAACCUUUUGGUUGUGCAUGUAAGCAUAUCUGGUAAUGAACUUUGCCUUAUGACUUCUCAUCUGGAGAGCACUAAAGAUCAUUCCAAGGAGCGUGUGAAGCAACUGCAAAUAGUGUUAAACAAAAUGAAGGAGGAGUCUGAGUCCACCACUGUUAUAUUUGGAGGGGAUACAAACCUCAGAGACAGCGAGGUUACUAAGCUAGGUGGCUUACCUAACAACGUCAUGGAUAUGUGGGAGUUUUUGGGUAAACCUCAACACUGCCGCUAUACCUGGGACACAAGCUCCAAUACUAACCUGGGCAUACCGAGUAAAUGCAAAUUGCGGUUUGAUCGUGUUUACAUUCGACCUGCAGCAGAAGGAGGAAAUAUUGUUCCACGAAGUAUGGACUUGAUCGGAUUAGAAAAACUAGACUGUGGCACGUUCCCUAGUGAUCACUGGGGUCUUUUGUGUAACUUUGAUGUGAUAUUAUAAAAA